AUGACUGGUUGUCAUAAUUAUUUAUAUGGAUCAUUUGAAAGUUAUCAAGCAGUGAAAAUUCCUUAUGAAAAAGGAAAAGAUGAUAAAAAAGACUUCUCCAUGUACUUCUUUCUUCCUAAUGAAAGGGACGGAUUGCCAAGCUUAUUGAAGAAAGUGAACUCUGAUUCAAACUUUUUUACACAAGAUUUCGAGCUAUGGAAAGAAACUCUUGAUGCAUUUUACAUCCCAAAGUUCAAAUUCUCAUUCACCACAGAAGAAGGGAAAAAAACAAUGCAGGAAAUGGGAAUGACACUACCUUUCGACAUGACUUGCAUGGAUCUAACAGAGGUUGUGGAAAAUAAAAAUGUUUAUUUGUAUGUGUCCAUGAUAAUACAGAAAGCAUUUGUAGAAAUUGAUGAGAAAGGUACUGAGGCAGCUGCUGUUACUUUUGAGUCAGAAGAUGAGUUGGGAUGUUGUUUGUAUCAAAGUCCUCCAAAAAAAUUCGUAGCUGAUCAUCCCUUCUUGUUCAUGAUUAGAGAAGAGACUACAAGGUCACUACUUUUCACUGGAGCUGUGGUAAAUCCCCUGCUAAAUGGAUCUGAUGACACUACAACUAUGGCAUGA